CGCGCGUGUCAGUACCGAGACGAGCGAGCGCUAGCGGAGGCAGCAGUGGCGCAUCUCACAUAUAUCUGCCGCUGGAAUAUAACGGCUGCUUUAGGAUGUGAACGGGUUUCGGCCUCGUCACCGACCAAAGCUUCUGUUUUCCCAUGACAAACAGAUGCGACAAGAGAACAAGCGAGCGCGAGAGUGAACGGUACAGUGGAGCGGAGAGAUCAUCGGUAUUAUUAUGAGAAAAGAGGACGGGGUUGUCGGAGCCGUAUUUGUUUUGCUCGCGGAGAUGAGGCGGGGGGUAGCGAGUCGCUACAAAAUCGUUGGGCUCCGGCCAAGCAUUACUCUGUUUUAGCACAUAUAUACCGCCGCGCUUGCGUUUACAUCGUCAACAGACGCGUUUGAUCGCUACGGUUUGCAUCGCAGAAAAAUAAUGCAGCUGUCUCGAGGACAUCUGUGAGAUUUGCCGCUGCCAUGACAGACGCAGGCUUUACCGAGCAGGCGGUUUGAGACGAGCACGGCCCCAGCUGUAGCAGCACGGCCGAUGUGGGCUGCGUUUACCGGGGGAGAUUAAAUCUGCAUACUGUUCGCGCUAUUCCUCUUUAACCGUUUGCAAUCUCAGGGAAAAAUGUCCUCUCGGUCUGCUUUACCGUCUGCGAACGACCGGAGCACAGAUCAUCAUGCAUCUCUGGGGGCGAGUCGUUCAGAGAAGGGGACGAAUGUGUCGAGUCGUUCACUGGGUGCCAGAUGUCGUAACUCCAUGGCCUCUAGCUCAGACGAGUUGCCCCACAUCGGAAACUACCGGCUCCUUAAAACCAUCGGCAAGGGCAACUUUGCUAAAGUCAAGCUAGCCCGCCACAUCCUCACAGGCAAAGAGGUUGCAAUAAAGAUUAUCGACAAGACUCAGUUGAACCCAACCAGCCUACAAAAGCUGUUCAGAGAAGUGCGGAUCAUGAAGACCCUUCAUCACCCCAACAUUGUGCAACUCUUUGAGGUUAUUGAAACAGAGAAGACGCUUUAUCUUGUGAUGGAAUAUGCAAGUGGAGGUGAGGUGUUUGAUUACCUGGUGUCUCAUGGGAGAAUGAAAGAAAUAGAGGCUAGAGCCAAAUUCAGACAGAUUGUGUCAGCUGUUCAUUACUGUCAUCAGAAGAAUAUAGUUCACAGAGAUCUAAAGGCAGAGAAUUUGCUGUUGGAUGCAGAUGCUAACAUAAAGAUAGCAGACUUUGGCUUUAGUAAUGAGUUUACGUUGGGAAAUAAGUUGGACACCUUCUGCGGUUCCCCGCCUUACGCAGCUCCAGAGUUGUUUCAAGGAAAAAAGUAUGACGGGCCAGAGGUGGACAUCUGGAGCCUGGGUGUCAUCCUCUACACGCUGGUCAGCGGGUCUCUUCCUUUUGAUGGACAGAACCUCAAGGAGCUGCGUGAGCGAGUGUUGAGGGGGAAGUACCGUGUACCCUUCUACAUGUCCACAGACUGUGAGGGGAUUCUGCGCAGGUUUCUUGUGCUCAAUCCCAGCAAACGUUGCACUCUAGAGCAAGUGAUGAAGGAUAAGUGGAUGAAUUCAGGGUUUGAGGGCGAUGAGCUGAAGCCUCACAUUGAGCCAGCAGAGGACUACAGUGACGCCAACCGCAUUGAGAUUAUGGUCGGGAUGGGUUUUACUACAGAAGAAAUUAAGGACUCUUUACUCACUCAGAAAUAUAAUGAAGUCACGGCUACAUAUCUACUGUUGGGCCUGAAGACUGAGGAUGGUGCUGAGUCACGAGUUAGUGGCAGUAUGACGUUGCCACGUGUGCGUCCAAGCCCAAUGACCAAUGGAACCAACAAACAAUCCUCUUCUUCAUCAUCUUCCUCAUCUUCACACAGCAAGACUCAGCGCAGCGCCUCUACCUACCACCGCCAGCGACGGCACAGUGACUUCUGUGGUCCUAGCAUGCCUGUGAUGCACCCUAAGCGUAGCCCGACCAGCGGUGGAGAUCGUGAGCUGCGUGAGAGCCGCAUGCCGCCGAGGAAGGCCAGCUGUAGUGUAACGGGCAGUCGAACCCUACCACCAUCUAGUCCAAUGGUCAGCACCGCCAACAACCCCAACAAGGCAGAGAUACCUGAUCGCCGCAAGGAGAUGACCGCCACCACAAACAAUAUCCCAGGAAGUACUAUGACCCGUAGAAACACGUACGUAUGUACAGAUCGUUCCAGCACUGACCGACACUCGCUGCUGCAGAACGGCAAAGACAACAGCUCUCUGUCUCACCGCCUCCCUCCCACCUCUCCCUCCACUCUCAGUAUUGUUGGAGCGGGAGCAUCCUCCUCUUCUUCCUCAGGUGAGCGCUGUCGGCUGACACGUGGAUCCACCAUCCGGAGCACCUUCCAUGGGGGUCAGCUCCGUGACCGUGUACCGCCCACCUAUGGACCUCCGCCCACGUCGCCCACCCUGAGUCAUGACGCUGGAGCCCUGCCGGCCAAUGCCCGCAGCCGGGCCACCUCUAACCUGUUCAGCAAACUCACCUCCAAACUCACACGCAGGAUCACAAAUGAAUCUGAGGGAGUCAGCAGAUCUUCGGUCACAGGUGGCCAUUUAUCUGGGGAUCAGAAAGCGUCCCAGUCCUGGGGCAGGGGAGGGGGGUGGGAUGUAAGGGGUCGUUUCCCCCGUCCCCCCCGGGCCCCUGCAGAAGUGGUACUGGCCUUGCGUGAGGCAGCGAGGGGAUGCGGCUGCCAGGUCCGGCACGCUGGCCCGUUUCUGCUGUGCUGCAGUCAUGGAUCGGCAGGAUCAAAAGUCGCAUUCCAAGCUGAGGUGUGCCAACUGAGUGUGGGUCCCGCAGAGACAAACGGAGUUCGCUACACACGCCUGUGGGGGGCUCCCCUCGCCUUCAGGCACAUCGCAUCACAGAUCUCUAAAGAGGUGGAGCUCUGAGGGGACGGGGGAGGAGACUUGACUCGUAGAUGUCCCCUCACUAUAUCCGUUGUUAUAGAGAUCUGACCUAUGUGUUAUAGACAAAAUCUGAUCCCUCCAACAACACUCAACACACACCUGAACACACAUACACGUAAACAAACACAGUCACCUUAAAAGCACGGGACACUCAAUCCUGACAAUAUGGAAAUCUAAAGUACAAAAACAAGCACACCCCUUCCAUGCAUAAACAUGAGCGCUAUUAGAGCGCUACAGAUACACACACACACACUCACUCUCUGAAAAGCCUCAUUCACUGGGUCUGGAUUGAAUCCAGUUUAGUAUUUUUAUUCUCAUUCUAGUCAUGAAAUUCUUACUUCAAUAAUUGAUGUCAUUCUUUUUUUUAACCACUUUUGUAUGUUUUCAACAAGUCUUGACAUUUUAAACGGGUCAUCAUUUUUAUGUUUUUGUGAUUUAAUGUGUCUUACAUUUUCUUAAUACUAAGUCAAAGCAUUGAAUCAUUGACAAUGUAGGACUGUAGCUGCCAAUGAACUAUAUGCACAAAUGUGAAGUUGGCAAACGUAUCCUAACUUCAUCAUAGCUCACGGUGCGCACCCAAAUCCACAUCACAUUCGCUGGCGACCACAAAUUUGAUCAGGCUGCAAGCCAACCAUCUACACUUUGUUUUUGAGAUUGUCCGAGCAAAAUUUUGUUCCCUAGAUUAGAAAUCUGUUUUUCUGAUGUAUAGUGCCAGUUUACUUACUUUCUACCAUGUUUAAUUUAGAAGAGACAUUUAAUGCCAAAUGACUUUCCCUGACCCUUCUCGGACACAGGCACGUUGAUUGGUUGGUUGUUAAUCCUUCAUUUCAACUCCUAGUUAGUUAAACUUUGCAAAUAGUCACCUCUCCUUUUAUCCAGUCUGAGUGGAGUUGAGGUUAUCACAUGAGUGAUUUUACUAAGACAGAUGGUUUUAGUGUUCAGUGUCAUAAAAAAGACACACUUCCUGCAUUGUAGAUAUCUGAUUAAAUUGCAUGUCUAGAAAAAAACACCUUUCUUAUUCAAUAUUAUUGAAUUGUCAAUAGAUUCUCUCCCACCUCCAGUAUUAAAAAGAAAUAGAAAAGUAAAUAUCCAAUACAGAAAUGGUGUUUGCAUUGCAAAAUAUGUUGUGGUUCAGCAUUAGCAGACAUUAAAUCAUAGUCACAUUCAUUAGCACACACGUGUCAGCUUUUUUCUUUAAAAUUCCCAGGCUUUAUAUAUGACUAAAUUGGUAUUGAAAAAUAUUUUGAUCCCUUACCCAAUCAUUUUGGCACCAGAUAUCUAAAAUGCAGGAUGUUUUAAUGCAAGAGUACAGGAAGAGGUUCAGUGCUCUCACUACUGAAAUAUGUUUUUGGGGCAAAGGCACCAACAGGGCUUUGAAAAACGUGAUUUAUUUAUUUAUUGUAAAAUCAGUUGCACUUGCAAUCUUGUAAUAAUAUGGCAUCUAUAUGGCUCUGUUUCCAUUGCAAAAUCUUAACAAUGCUGUGUAACUAACAGAAAUGCAGUUUAAAAAUGGACCAUGGACAUUGUGUCAUGGACUGGUCAUGUUUUUGCUAUAGCUCAUGUUGGUUUUUAUUCAUACACAAGUUUGUCUCUUUAACAGAUUUGUAAUCAUGUUAUUAUCAAUUUAACAGGGGUUUCAUUUGCAGGUUUGAGACCUGAAUAGAAUAUAUAUGCUGCUUCAGAUUUUUCUGUCAUGGGUAGAAUUAGGUUUGUUUGGAGCUUAUUUUUAAAAUAAUACUCUUGGCUUACUUUUUGAUCGAACCAGUUCUGGUUUUUGAUGUGUAACAAGGCCUAGUUUUGCAAUAGUUGUCAAUUUGCCAAGCAUAAGCAAUUCACAACCGACGGUGAUCAAAAUGUAAUUGUGAAUGGUGAUAAUUGUGCAAUAGCAUUAGAUGUUACUGUCAUGUCUAGAAGUUGUUUCUAUCUUAAUGCAAAGCCAUGCUUUGACCCUGUUGGUGCUGCCAGCCCGUAGACAGUACGAUAUUGAUCAAGGACAUGGUUUGAGCAAUGAGGGCAUAGUGUAUAGGACACUUGCUAGUUCAGUUUGGAUAAACAGGUUGAUUUAAUAUGGUUGGUCUGUUAUUUUUUGAUUGGGGAAUCAUUGUGCUGUCAUGUGUGAAAUAUAUUGUAGAUACUAAAGGAUUAUAUGCCACUUUCUCCAUGUUUGUGAUGGCAUCUCCCUCUGUUCAUGAGAGGGUGUUGGAUUGUGGUACAGAAAACAAGCUUGGUUCUUGAUUUUGGUUUUGUCUGCUGCAAGUAUGUCAAAUGCUUUGAGAUGCUUGAAAGUUCACUUGUUAUGACUGACUCCACAGGUAUCACUGUGGUGCUUCACCAUUGACCUUUAGCCAGACAGUGAGCCUCCUAGCCCACCUUGCAAGUCUGACAUCUUAUCAUUCAUCCACUUUUUGUUGUUCACUUUAUUCUCUGCUUUUGUGCCGCACAUUCGCAAAGACACCUAGUUUCUCCUCGUCCAAUUGCUGAAUCACUGGAAAUCCUCGUGUCAUUGUUCUGUCUGCUCUGUGACUGGACUCCUGUUGUGGAGACGCUCCCUGUUUUAAACUGAACAGGGUAAAGACUGCACGUCCUGGACCAGUCUGACCCGGUCUCCGCAUCAGACCGGCUCUGUCUGGUUUGGACUGCUAGGAUCUGUAUCUGUUCGACGUCCAUUAAGACCUCUGUGCACUCAUGUUGACUUGAAUCAGCUGCAUCCUAUGGCUCUGUGGGUUUAUACCCAUGUUUGGCCACCGGAAGGCGCCAAUGUCUUAAAUGUGAACACUUCGAAUUGUGUAUAUUUGCACAGGUACUUAAUUUAUUUUCUAGAAUAAUUAUCUUGGGAGAAAAAAAUUAUUGGUUUAUAUCAGUCAAAUUCUGGCUGUAUAUAAAGAUUAUGAUACUGAUGAUAAUAUUGUGAGUAUAGUAUAUACAGUAUUUUAGAAUUCCAGGUAAAUUCAUAGCUAGAGCAGAGACCCUCUGCUAGCUCUCCAGACGUUUCUAUGUGUGCUGAAGUGAAACACUAAACUGCAAUCCUGCAUGAUUCAGAGCAAGGAUGGAGAAAGAGAGACUACAUAUGUGAAAUAACAGAACGGGCAAAAGCAAAAGAAUUUGAGGGAGAGAGAGAGCGUGUAUGCGUGUGCAUGUAUGUGUGAAUGUGUGCGUCUGUGUAUUGCGCUACUCUGUUGACCUGCCUCCCUCUCUCUCUCUCUCUCUCUCUCUCUCUCUCUCUCUCUCUCUCUCUCUCUCUCUCUUUCUCUCUCUCUCUCUCUGCUGGUAGGAAAUGUUUGUGUGAGAGGAUGGCAGCCAUACUUGACCUGGAGUGAAAGUGUGUCCGUAUGAAUUAGCUUUUCUUGAUGUUAUUUAAAGGCAUUAAAAAGAGUAUUAGCGAGAAUUGUGAGUUGGUGUGCCGGGCGUGAAACGUCUGAAUGACAAAUCCCUCCAGUUCAGUGUUGUGCUGUCUGUGAUGUAAACUGUAUGCUAUGAUAUUGGGUUUCUCAUGAUGCAUUUAGCUAAUAUGCAAUAUGACA